AUGAGUAGUAUGGAAUUUAACCCACCAAAAGACAUGAAGCGUCUCCAAAAAAAGAUGAAUAUCUUUGAAGGAUCAACUCACAUGCAUAGAAUUAAUAUUUUUAGACCAAAUGUUAAUAUUAAAGAUAACACAAACUCUAUUACAAUCACAUUCGAAUUACCAGGAAUAAAUAAAGACCAUGUUUCAGUCGAAGUAACUAAAGAUAACUCAUUAGUAAUCAGUGGUGAAAAGAAAUCAAGAUUAUCAUUUGAUUCUAUAUCAUCAUUAUCAUCAACACAACAAUCUACCAAUACAAACAAUAAUACCAAUAGCGCCAAUGAUUCUUCAUCAACAUCAUCAACACCAACUAUUCCAUCCAAUAAUAACAAUAGUAACAACAACAAUACCACAACAACAACAAUUAGAAAGUUUAUUAGAUCAUUUAAAUUACCAAAUGGCACAGAUCCAUCUAAAAUUAAAGCUUCAAUGGAUGAUGGUUUAUUAGUUAUUGAAGUACCAAAAAGCUCAAUCGAAACUGAUAAAGUUAAAAUACCCAUUUUAUCAAGAUUAUAA